UUAAUUUUUCACUGUGAGCCGAUCGAUACGCGGCCGUUUCUCCACGAACAGCGACUAUGCAGGUGCAGGUUUCCAGCUAACCACUUUUUCCCUGACGCAGACUGCACAUUCCCGAGAAUCUCCGCUCAUUAUCGUUAAAUCAACCUGUUUUUCCUGUUCGUUAAAUGUAUCCGACCAUGGACCAUGGAUACUAUCCGUUACACCAGAUUUCCCGGCUGUACGGGAUCUCCAUUGCGGAAGCUGUGUUUGGUGUGCUGUCGAUCGUGCCCAGCCUGUACAAUCUCUUCCGGGUGACCUCGGAUGACGCCGGCACGGUGCUGACCCAGCUGGUGUGCGCCUGCCUCCUGUUGGCCACCGGCGUCUACGGCAUCCGCACCAUCCACCACACCCGCCGCCGCAUCCUCAACCUCACCGCCUUCCGCGUCCUGGGCGGCCUCAACACCUUCCUCUGCGUCCUGUACUCCCUGUGUCUGGGGCUCCUCCUGCUGGCCGCCAUCAUGGCCGCCUUCCUCCCGGCCCUGGUCAGCCAGAUGCUGGCCGCCAGCAUCCAUCUGACUCUCACCAGCGACGAUACCGCCACGCCCUCUCCUCACCUCCACAACCAGGUCCACACCGCCGUCGCCCUGGUGACCACGGCGCUGAUCGUCAUCCUGGUGCUGGCCAUCGUGGUGGUCAGCGGCUUCGUGGCCAUGACGGCCAUCGGGGCGCGCAUCGCCUGGCGCAACGCGGAGAUGAUCCGACAGGGCCAGAUGGCGGUGGCGGCGGGCGGCGUGGUGGGGAUGGUGCCGCCGCCCGUGGUGACGGGCUCGCAGUACGGCAUGGCGCCGGGCUACAGCAGUGUCCCGGUGGAUCCCCCGCCCAGCUACACCACCGUAGCUGCUAGUUACCCCGCCUUCGGGGUGGUGGCCAAGCAGGAUCUGGCCUGAUGACGGGAUCUUUUCUAACCGCUUUUUCUCGGAUUUUGUUCCUCAAGACAUCAGAACGUCUUUGCAGCGCGCGCUUUCACCAGGAAAAAUUAAAUUAAAAAAUAUAGAUGGCUUGAUGUUUUUCUUGUUUUUUUUUCUUUGGUUCGAUCUAGUCAAAAAAUACGGUACUACCGUGCGUAUACGGUUUAUACAAGCUUUUUAGAGUAUUAGCAAUUUAGCACAGCUCGUGUUCUUUCAGAAUGUGUUCAAGGAAUUUACUUUUUACAGCGAUAUUUUAGUUAUCUAAUAGAGGAAUUUAUACGUGUCUGUAUUAGCUGAAUCUCCCUGUGCUCUGCUUGAUAAUUAACUUUAUUAUCUUAUUGAUUUAAUUAUUUAAUAAAUACAUAAACUGAAUAAUUCCUGUCGAAAUAAACGAC